AUGAAUCAAAGAUGCGUUGCUUUCUGAAUAACGCAAGAAAACUGAGGAUGAGAUUCAUCUUACUGGCUCUAGCAAUUCUCAGCUUGUAUUUAUUCAUCUCGUACAUCCUUCUUGAAGUGUGGUUCGUUAAAAGUGGUCAAAAGACCACGUCUACUCCUGUGUCAGUGAGUUUGACGUAUGUCACAGUGCACGUAGACUUGAAAGGAACGCCUUUGAAGCUGUCAUACUUGGAGUCUCUUCUGCCCUUGAUGAAGGAGAAUGGGGUGAACAGUCUGCUGAUGGAGUAUGAGGAUAUGUUCCCUUAUGAAGGGAAGCUGGCCAAUUUGAGCGCUGAGAACUGCUAUAAGAAACCAGAGCUAGAACGUUUUAUCUACAAAGCAUUAAAAGUGGGAAUUGAAAUCAUCCCUCUAGUACAAACAUUUGGACAUUUAGAAUAUGCUUUAAAACUUGAAGAGUUCAAACACUUGAGAGAAGAAGUUUUGUAUCCUGACUCCAUUUGUCCCAGCAAGCGGGAGACCAUGGUGUUCUUAGCGCACAUGAUAGGACAGAUAAUGGAUUUCCACAAUUCAAUACGAACAUUAAGGUAUAUUCACGUCGGUUGCGAUGAAGUCUUCCAUAUAAAUAAAUGUCAGCACUGCUUGAAGAGAGAUCUGGUUGACAUGGAUAUCUUCCUACGUCACGUAAAAACCCUAUCCGACGUUAUGAAAUCCCAGUACAGCGAUACGACAGUGCUCAUAUGGGACGACAUGCUCAGGGGGAUCAAGCCAGGCGAAUGGGACUACAUCGAGGGUCUUGAGAACGUACAGCCUGUGUGUUGGGAUUACGGAACCGAGAUACAAAUCUCGCACGCGAACCUGUUUAAAUACCACAAAAAAUUUCAGCACUUGUGGAUCUCUACUGCCUUUAAAGGCGCCGAUGGAAGAACAGCCACCUUCCCAGAUCUUAGGAACCGCUUCAUGAAUACCUACAGUUGGAUGAACAUGAUAUCCAACUAUAAGUUUGGAGGGGAAAGCCAAGUGUACAAUUUCAGAGGCGUAAUUCUGACUGGCUGGUCCAGGUAUAGCCACAUGGAUGCCCCGUGCGAACUUCUGCCCGUGGCUAUACCCAGUCUGAUCUUAAAUUUAAUGGUGAUCCAAAAGUUUAAAUCAGGUGUUACCUCUGAUGAGGGCAACGACUUCUUAGAAGACUUCUUCAAUAAGUACCUAGGCACAGAAAUGAUUCAAAGUCUGAAAUGUGUGAUUGACAUCGAUAAUUUCGAUAACUCCGAAUGCGAAUUCGACGGCAAACAACUAUAUGAAGUUUUGAAGGCAUACACUACUAUUUCUGGUAAUUUGGAUGACAUUUUCAACGAUGAUAAGCUUGGUUUAAAGUAUGUUGAGUUCUAUUCAAAAUUCAACUUUAUAAAUAAGAAUAUAAUGUCCAAUCAUUCGGCACUUGUCGUCAAAUAUCUUAAAGAUAUCAUGAAUAUUGAGAAUUGUUUGGCUAAAGAAAUGUCGAAAUAUUACGAAAGCGAAUUUGUAGUUGAGUACGUAAAUUACAAGAUUAGUCCUAUUAAGAAGAAACUCCAAAGGCUGCUAAAUAUCUACGAUGUUGUUUACAAUGUGAGCACUUGGACGAGAAGGUCGAAAAAUAACAAUAGCUUUGCCGUUACAUGA